AGAUAAGGAAUGAGACUCUCAACACUGGCUUUUGUAGCAGAUUGAAGAGAGUCGGUGCUAAGCAAAUAACGGAUGAGCAUCUUAGAUCAACCCUGUAUUAUAUUCAACCUACCUUUGAUGUGCGGGACCAAGAGCUGGCAACCUAAACCUGCUGAAGCAGACGACAAUGCCUGAAGAGGGUGAGGUGGCCUUCUCGUGGACUGGGGCCAGAGUGUCGGGGUGGUGGUUGCGCCCUUGAGUAUUGGUUUGGGAUACAUUCUCUUGUUUGGUCACAUCUAAAGUUUACUACGGCUUCAGAAAACCCAGACGACGGUGUGUGUGAGUGUCCGUGGAAGCAGCUAUGGUACUACAGGUAGUCUGAAGUUACAGCCAUUGGGCCUGCGAAAUGAAAGCAUGCCACAGACACCAAUAUUUCCCAGCAUGCUUGGCACUGCCUGUAGUGGACAGGUACAGCCGGAGAUGGGGGAGCAAUGUGGAGAUCCAGUAUAUCAAGAUGGAUGUUUGGUGUCUGGGUCCUUGGAAGCCUUGAUUGAACGUCUGGUGCCUACGGUGGAUUACUAUCCGGAUAGAACCUACAUCUUCACCUUCCUGCUGAGUGCACGUGUGUUCAUCCACCCCCAUGAGAUUCUCGCAAAAGUGGGACAGAUCUGCAUCAAACAGAAACAACAGCUGGAAGCUGGAACAGAAGCGGACAAGGCUAAACUCAAGUCUUUUGCUGCUAAGAUCAUCCAGUUGCUGAGGGAAUGGACUGAGACGUUUCCUUUCGACUUCCAGGAUGAAAGAUCCAGAAAGGAGCUGAAGGAGAUCGCACAAAGGAUCACACAAUGUGAUGAGGAGAAUGGUACAAUCAAGAAGAGUAUAAGUCAGAUGACCCAGAAUGUGCUGCUAGCCCUUUCCACACGGGGACAGUAUCAGGAAAUUCGAGAGAAGAUCCGACAGCCAGUGACAGACAAAGGGACAAUUCUUAAAGCCAAGCCCCAAUCUUCACAGAAAGAUAUCCUUAGCGUGUGUGGAGACCCCCUAAUCCUGGCUCAGCAGCUCACGACAAUCGAACUAGAGCGUCUAGGAAACAUUUACCCUGAAGAUCUAAUGCAGAUUAUCAGUCACAUGGACUCUCUGGAUAACCAUAAGUGCCGUAGUGAUGUCACCAAGACCUAUAACCUAGAAGCCUAUGAUAACUGGUUUAACUGCCUCAGCAUGCUGGUGGCUACAGAGAUAUGCAAGGUUGUAAAAAAGAAGCAGAGAACAAGAGUAAUGGAGUUCUUCAUAGAUGUUGCCCGGGAGUGUUUCAAUAUUGGCAAUUUCAACUCUAUGAUGGCCAUAAUUUCUGGGAUGAACCUCAGUCCUGUGGCGCGGCUUAAGAAGACUUGGUCCAAAAUCAAAACAGCCAAAUUUGAUGUCUUGGAGCACCAUAUGGACCCAUCCAGCAACUUCUGCAAUUACCGAACCGCACUUCAAGGAGCCACACAAAGGUCCCAGAGCGCCAACAGCAGCCGGGAAAAAAUAGUCAUCCCAGUGUUCAACCUGUUCAUUAAAGACAUCUUCUUCCUUCAUAAGAUCCAUUCUAACCGGUUACCAAAUGGACAUAUUAACUUUAAGAAGUUUUCAGAAAUUUCCAGACACAUUCACGAUUUCCUUACCUGGAAACAGGUAGAAUGUCCGUUUGAAAAGGACAAGAAGAUUCAAACCUACCUUCUAACUUCUCCAAUUUACACAGAAGAUGCUCUCUUUGUGGCUUCAUUUGAAAAUGAGGGUCCAGAUAAUCACAUGGAAAAGGACAGCUGGAAGACUCUCAGGUCCACACUUUUAAACAGAGCCUGAGAGAAGAUUCUUCAGUCGCCCGAAACACACAGGAAUUUAGUUUUUUUUUUUUUAUGUAUAUUUUUUCUUGUAUUGUGCAGAAUGUUUUUGGUCAGGAAGACAGUCCUCGCUGGUUGGGGGUCUGCUGAUUUUUGUACAUAAUCUUUUACAAGACUAAAAAAAAAUACUGGUAUAUAAAUAUAAUUAUAUAAAUAUAUAUUUCAUGCUUUAAGCACUUAUGGAAGAAAUACGUCAAAAAGGGAUACAUGUUUUCUUAUUUUUAUUGUUUAUUAUAUAAAAUUUAAAGAAAAGAAAAAAAACCCUAUGCUGCUGGAAUGGCCACCAGAAUGCAGAAGUUUAUACAUGCACGGUUUAAGCCUUUUCAUAAAAGAAUUAACCCCAUAUAUGCUACUACUACUAUUAUUUCUAUUAUUAUUAUUAUUAUUAUAACACAAGGGCAGGGCCCUGCUUUCUCCAAUACACUGCUCAAAAAAAAUUAAAUAAAGAGAACACUUAAACAAGACAAUGUAACUCCAAGUCAAUGACACUUCUGUGAAAUCACACUGUCCACUCAGGAACCAACACUGAUUGACAAUCAAUUUCACAUGCUGCUGUGCAAAUGGAACAGACAACAGGUGGAAAUUAUAGGCAAUUAGCAAGACACCCCCAAUAAAGGAAUGGUUCUGCAGGCAGUGACCACAGACCACUUCUCAGUUCCUAUGCUUCCUGGCUGAUGUUUUGGUCACUUUUGAAUGCUGGCGGUGAUUUCACUCUAGUGGUAGCAUGAGACGGAGUCUACAACCCACACAAGUGGCUCAGGUAGUGCAGCUCAUCCAGGAUGGCACAUAAAUGCGAGCUGUGGCAAGAAGGUUUGCUGCGUCUGUCAGCGUAGUGUCCAGAGCAUGGAGGCGCUACCAGGAGACAGGCCAGUGCAUCAGGAGACAUGGAGGAGGCCGUAGGAGGGCAACAACCCAGCAGCAGGACUGAUACCUCCGCCUUUGUGCAAGGAGGAGCACUGCCAGAGCCCUGCAAAAUGAACUCCAGCAGGCCACAAAUGUGCAUGUGUCCACUCAAACGGUCAGAAACAGACUCCAUGAGGGUGGUAUGAGGGCCCGACGUCCACAGGUGGGGGUUGUGCUUACAGCCCAACACCGUGCAGGAAGUUUUCCAUUUGCCAGAAAACACAUCUGCUCUUCACAGAUGUAUGCCGGUUCACACUGAGCACAUGUGACAGACGUUUUAGAGUCUGGAGAUGCUGUGGAGAAGGUUCUGCUGCCUGCAACAUCCUUCAGCAUGACCGGUUCAGUAAUGAUGUGGGGUGGCAUUUCUUUGGGGGGCCGCACAGCCCUCCAUGUGCUUUCCAGAGGUAGCCUGACUGCCAUUAGGUACCGAGAUGAGAUCCUCAGACCCCUUGUGAGACCAUAUGCUGGUGCAGUUGACCCUGGGUUCCUCCUAAUGCAAGACAAUGCUAGAACUCAUGUGGCUGGAGUGUGUCAGCAGUUCCUGCAAGAGGGAGGCCUUGUUGCCAUGGACUGGCCCGCCAAUUUCCCAGAUCUGAAUCCGAUUAAGCACAUCUGGGACAUGAUCACUCCAUCCAGCAAUGCCACGUCCAGGAGUUGGCUCAUCAGGAGCAAGCCCAGGCAUUGUAGGGAGGUCAUACGGGCACGUGGAGGCCACACACACUACUGAGCCUCAUUUUGACUUGUUUUACGGACAUUUCAUAAAGUUGGAUGAGCCUGUAGUGUGGUUUUCACUUUGAUUUUGAGUGUGACUCCAUAUCCAGACCUCCAUGGGUUGAUAAAUUUGAUUUUCAUUGAUAAUUUUUGUGUGAUUUUAUUAUCAGCACAUUCAACUAUGUAAAGACGAAAGUUUUUCAUAUGAUUAGUUCAUUCAUUCAGAUCUAGGGUGUGUUAUCUUAGUGUUCCAUUUAUUUUUUAAAGCAGUGUACAUUGGUGGGUUUUUAAUGGGUACUGGGAGACAUUAUAUGCCCUAUCUGUCUGCCCACACCAACAAUUUGUUGCUAAAGUGAGGUUGGAACUAUUUAUGCUACAUUCUAGAGUAAACAAUUUUCUAAAGAGGUUAACUCUUAGCUCAUGCUUUCGUUUAAAGAGAACCUGUCAUCAUUGUCAUGCUGUCUGAACCACAAUUCUUCUGGGUGGUCCUUGGUAGUUUGACCCUGCCCCGCCAGCAUUGAUUGAUAGAUGAACCGGAGGAUUGAUACCCAAACUGGAAAUGAUCUGCUAAGGACCACCCCAAUAACUCGUGGUUAAGACAGCAUGAGAGUCAUGACUGGUUCCCUUUAAGGGUUAAUUAAUUGGUAUGGAAGAAGUCAUGGAGGUGAAUUGAUAAAGACCACAUCAACCACAUAAAGACACAUUGAUAGCCCACAUAUGUUUGUCUGAUCCCAAUAGUAGUAGUCAGACCCAAUAAAGGUGCCUUUGCAGUGAUACUUACACUAAACAUCAUAUACAUGCAUACUCUGGCUUGGAAACCCAAACAGAUAUAUGUUUAUGUAAAAAUUAUUACAUUUUCCUAAUUUCUACACUCAUGAGGGUCCAGAAAAAUUAGAUAUUGGGAUGCUAUUUUUAGGAUCCUCACAAUGGAGAGCUGUUGGUUACCAUAGAGUGAAACUGCAAAACAAAUCAACAUACUGUAACUGAGGAUGGCCAUACACUGUCAAUAGCUGUGGGCCAAGUGUUCUCUUUUCUGAUCUUCCCAUACACAUAAAUAUUCGUCAUGGUUCAAUAUUCAUGUGUUCUCAGUGGAAAGGGAAGUGGUAAGCUCUGGCCAGACAGCUCUAGAGGAAGCCUAGCAGGGUCAGGUAGUUUAAAUACAACAUGUUUGAUCCUUCUCUCCCCGGAUAUCAUCUGUCAGUGGAGAGUUGGGUGGCCCCCAAACACUUUAGACAGAAAGCCGGUCCACAAGUGUGGGCAUCUACAGUCUGCAAUUUUGUUAGGGAAAGACCAUGACUAUCACAAGUCCUUGACCAACAAUCCCCUAGAGCUAAUCUUUCUGGACACAUGAGUGUGGUAUUGGUAGAAUGGGAUACUGGGUGUAAAUAUACUCACAUCUGAAUUUCCAGCUUAAGAAUUCUAUUUAUAGUGGACCUCUGCAUCCUUCAACACUACUGCCUAGACUCUAUAUAAGUCAGUCACAUGAUCAAAAUGCUGUACCAAGCCAUCAAAAAUUGAGGAUUUAUUUAUUUAUUUUUUCCCUUCAGGAAAAUUUUGAUUAUUUAGAAAUUUUGCCUCUUUCAGAGAUCAUCAUUGUAUUGUUUUGUAAGCCAAAGUAAACCUCAUCAUUUUUUAAAAUUUGAUUUAUCUUUUAUUUUUCAUUUGAUUUAUCUUAUGUCGUUUUUGGUUUUGUGUCCCUCUGAUACCCCAGUCAGCUGUCAUUGACACAAAAUCUGGCAAAACCCACUUAGUUCCAGUGCUCUGUGUUAGAGUUGAGACUCUUAGUAUAAGACACAUUUGCCAUCAUUGUGAUUGAAGUAUUAGUAUCUGCCUUUAGCUGCUUUUCUAGGACUAGUAAGUACCAUACAAUGUACUCCAUACUACACUAACUGACCGCAUGUAGUCACUUGCUGGACUAUGAAGAGGCCUGGAAACCACACAUCCCAAAAUGAAGUCCAUUUCAUGAUGGACAAAACAAGAGUGUUCUUUGUGGGUUAAAGGGGUACUCCUGUGGAAAACUUUUUUUUUUCUUUUUAAAUCAACUUGUGUCAGAAAGUUAAACAGAUUUGUAAAUCACUUCUAUUAAAAAAUCUGAAUCCUUCCAGUACUUUUUAGGGGCUGUAGAUUAAAGAGAAAUCCAAAAAAUAAAUGCAUUUCCUCUGAUGUCAUGACCACAGUGCUCUCUGCUGACCUCUGCUGUCCAUUUUAGGAACUGUCCAGAGCAAAAGAAAAUCCCCAUAGCAAACAUGCACAGUUGCUAAAAUACAGCCCCUAAAAAGUACUGGAAGGAUUAAGAUUUUUUAAUAGAAGUGAUUUACAAAUCUGUUUAACUUUCUGGCAGCAGUUGAUUUAAAAAAAAAAAAGUUUUUAAUGGGAGUACCCCUUUAAAUAGAGUCUAUCUGUAGGGGGGCUUCUGUAAUGCAGGAGUAAUGGUUUCUAAGUCUCAGUCAUAGUUGGAUACUUGACCUUGUAGUUAUCCCUUAGCUUAUAUUUCUCAGUACUGAAGCUUUUUAUCAUGCACAUCUUUUGUACUCAGGCCUACUCAGUCCAUAACUGUAUUAUUUGGAUAUUUUGUUCUAUUCCCACCAGCUUGUUCAAUCAGAUCUGUACCGUGGAGCAGGGUAUUCUGUGUUUGACCUAAUGUGCUUGCAGAAAUAAAUACAGAAUUGCUUCAAAGUGAA